AUGGUAUUCCUGUCCCUCCCUCUCGAGAUACAAGCUAUGGUUAUUCCCCGUCUAUCAUCGAUUGGUGAUCUGGCCGCUCUAUCGCAGUCAUGUCGGUCAAUACAUCGCCUGUGCGAUAUGAAAACACGCGAGCGGUUCUACCAGAUCCGUGUCGACCCGAAAGACUACAGCAUCAACAAGACUUUUGACCUCGUCAUGGAGAUCCUCAAGAACCCUACUCUGGGAAACUAUGUAUGGGAGAUCGUGCAGACUAGACAGCCCAGCAUGGAGCGCGACUACGUCCAGACGGCAGAGCAGCGCGACCUCAGUGCGGGCGAUAGGGAUCUCCUCCGCGCGGCUGUGCGGAAGGCGGGGUUUACCGGCUCCCAAGAAAACGUGGUGCUCAAUAUGCUUAUGCAAAACACCACGAAGCCUCCAGGUGAAAACAGGGAGCCGUUUAGGUUCCCAAAUACCGCUUAUGGAUACGACCAUGGUCAGAUUCAUGGCACCUUUAUUGCACAGGCAUUGGCCGCGAUUCUCAUCUCAGUGUCACCCAAUCUAGAGUCCCUAGUGAUGACACAGCCUUUCAGUGUAUUCUCUGGAUUCUAUAGGGGUGGCGAGAGGCCCCAAGACGAUAAUGUUCUUUUUCCCCUCGAUCGACUUCUCCGUCGGGCCAAUGCGAAACCGGCUAGUAUUCCGUAUCUUCAAAAUCUCCGCAAGGUGUACAUGAUAGUCGACAAUAGGAACUUGGAUGACCGUUUCUAUAUGGCCAUCGACUUCUUGGAAUGCGCAAUGCUUUUCGACUGCCUCCCGUCUAUUGAAUCCAUUAGCACCGAUGCCCUCUGUGACGAUGAAAGUGGCGAGGCGCGCGUAGUGCUAGAGCCCAGAUCGUCAAAUAUUAGCAGAAUCUAUAUUAACCACUCUGCCCUCCAAACAACUUUUCUUGUCUCUCUCAUUCAGUCCUGCAAAGUACUGCGAGAAUUCCAGUACGCCAUCGGUGGCCGGUGCGUGUUAGGAGGUUGGAGUGCGCCGUUCAAUGCCAGGACCUUCAUCAAAUCAAUUUGCCCUCAUAAAGACACACUGGAAGUCCUGGAUAUCGACGCCGAGCACAACAUGCACUAUUUCCACCCCUCUUAUUUCGAGGAGGAUCGAGUUGACCAAGAAAUCGAUCAAGAGCAAAGAGCGCUCGAAAGUGAUAAUGACGAUGAUGAUGAACGCCAAAUGCUCCGGUCCUUCUCGAGUAACAGCGGGUCACUGAAGGAGUUCCGGACCUUGAAGCGAUUGAGUGUUGGUAUCGGGUUUUUGGUAUAUUUUGCUAUGGGUGUCAGAGAAAAUAACGAGCCAAGACAACCAUUUCUGCUGCCGGAGGCUCUCCCAGAGAGUCUGGAAUAUCUUUGUAUUCGGGGGUACGAGAAAGGUAAGUGCAAGAAGUGGGAUGCACAUAUUGAUGCCUUAGUCGCGUCCUUUGUCUCAGGCUCAUCGGGGAUCAAAGAGAUCACAGGAAUUGAGGAAAUCAUUCCUAAUUCCGAGGAUGUGGAUGAUCCAGACGAUAAUAAAGACCUGUUGUGGAUUCCGAUAUAUAGUAUUGACGACUAG